CAGAGCUUAGCAAUCCUUAGGUCAGAUGUCGUUUCGAUCAUCUCCUAGGUUCUACUCGUAAUUCAGUUCUAAGAACAUAGCUAGAAACAAUUCGAAAUUAAGAUACAAAUUCCAGACCUCUCACUGAAAACACUUUGUAUCAAAGACCACUGCCAAGCCAUGUCCCGAGGAAUGGCCAUGGGCUUUGCCCGGUUGAUCAAUCCGGGCGUUGUGCUUCAUCCGGAGUUGCAGCAGAAAAUAGCCGUUUUCGAGGCCAUGGGAGCAGAACGAUCGCAGCUGGAAAGCGAUCUGGGACGACUUCGUCGAAAGCAAGAAGAAACCGAGGACAACCUGGCCGAUGCAUUGGCCGAAGACGAGUUUCAGUGCAACCUGCACGGCCAGGAGUACACGGGUCCCGGCGAGGAAGAGCUGCAGGACAUACUCAAGAGGCACCUGGGCGGCAUCAUCGAAAAGCUGGCUGCCAAGUACGAACGCAUUAUCUACCUGGAUGGCGACAUCAGGAAGCUGAAGGGCACCAUCGAGAAGGCUAUUGCGGUGGCCAAUGAGGAGUCGGCUGCCGCGGCCUCUCAGUAAUGUGAUUUUUUCCGCCAUUUCACUUUUGUCCUUUUAAAUGUUCAUUCAAUUUAAGUUAUGGUUCUCAUAGAAAAUGCUUCAUCGGCUGGCAAAAAACUAAACUCGCAGAAGACUUAAAAAGGAAAGGGUCAAAAGGAAUAAGUCCUUAUGUAUUUUCAAAUAUUUAAAUGUAUUGUAAAUGCUAUAAACCCAGCAUUGUUUUACCAGCAGAAGUAAAAUAAAGAAAGCUUAAAGAA